AUGUCGCUACAUCACUUUACCCUACUAUCUACCGUAUUCGCCUUAAGCACCGCCAAACUUGAGCUAGUCUCAGUACAAUCAAUCUUUAGGCACGGUGAUCGUGCCCCAUCCUCGCCGUACCCGAACGACGUGCACGGCGUGGAGCAUUGGCCGAAUGGUUGGUCUCAGUUGACCAAGUUGGGGGCGGAUCAAACUCAAGACCUCGGGCAAUAUUACCGUAGUCGUUACGUUGAUCAGUUGGGGCUUCUGAAUCCGACAAAAUUAUCGACCGAGGUAAGAAUGAGAUCGACAAGUAAGCAAAGAGCGAUAAUGAGUGCAGACAAUGUUAUGCUGGGGUUGGUUGGGAGCCAGUUCGAGGCCUUCGAUAUUCACCAUGACUAUAAGCAAGACCUAUUGCUUAAACCUAACAGUGUGGCCUGUCCAGCCUAUGACAAGACGGCGGCUUUUGAUAACAGCAAACUGAAUACGUUUUACAACAAUGUCUACAAAAAGUUUUUCAAAAAGUUGUCAAAAUCGACCGGUAUGAGCGUUUCAAUGGAGAAUAUCGACCAAGUUUUCGAUGCCUUGUUCAGAGAGAAAACUCAUGGUCUAGAGCUGCCAAAAUGGACCAAAGAUACUGUAUUUGAUGUGGUUAAGCAAGAGUACAGUACUGUGUACGACUUGGUAGUGGAGUUGAAGAGAGUACACAGAUUGACAGAGUUUAAUUCGGCCAAGAAGUCAAAGUUAAGAACUGGCUAUCUAUUGGGACAGAUCAUUGAGUUCAUGAAAAAUAGUACUACUGGUACUGAGGCGCCAAAAUUGAUGUUGUUUUCAUCGGUAAGGGUUUGAAAUUCAAGUUUUUUGAAUUAAAAAAAAAUUUUUAAUUUUUAAAUUUUGAAAAUUUUUUUUAAUUUAAAAAAUGUAUUUUACGCCAUUUUUUAAUGCAAAAAAUUUGAGCAAUGUAAAAUACGUUUCCCCCUCUCAUGUAUUCAAUAAAAAAAUUUCAGCACGACGCCACCCUAACAUCCCUACUGUACAGCAUUAACGCUUCGGAUGACAAAUUGACCCCAUAUGCAGCUGCCAUUACUUUUGAACUAUGGAAAGAUCCAGAAGGUCCACACAAACCUACAUACUACGUUAAGGUAAGAAAUAUUACCCUACCCUACCCUACCCUACACUACACUACCCUACCCUACCCUACCCUACCCUACCCUACCCUACCCUACCCUACCCUACCCUACCCUACCCUACACUACACUACCCUACCCUACCCUACCCUACCCUACCCUACCCUACCCUACCCUACCUUACCUUACCCUACCCUAUCCUAAUACGCAAUUUCUUUGCAGUACCACAGACCCUAUCCUACUGUAUUUUAGGACCCCUUAUCCUACCGUAUCCUACCAUAUCAUAUCCCGCCAUAACCUAUAUUACAGUAGCCUAGCCUACUCUACCCUAGUUUACUUUAUACUACCCUGCCUUGCCCUACUCUAUGUUACCGUGGCUACCCCACCCUACCGUAUCCUAACCUAUUCUGUUCUACAAUCCAGCCUAAGAUAGCUCUUUUUAACUUCACCAUAAAAAAAAGUACCACAUUGCACCAAAUUCAUAUUUUCAGGUCCUCUACCGCAAUCAAUCGUACUCAAACAAAGCCACCGUACUUAACAUCCCUGGUUGUACGGCACGAAUCUGCGAGUUUGGUCAAUUCGUCUCCGUACUCAAGAACAAUGUUGUUGAUAGUGUUCAAGGCCAUCAAAGGCUGUGUCGUGUUCGCUAA